AUGACACGCAUCGUGGGUGGCACAGAUGCCAAGCCAGGGGCCUGGCCGUGGAUGGUCAGCAUCCAGCAUCCGAGCAUACCAGGCACAAAGCAUUUCUGUGGAGGGUCCCUCAUCAGGGCAGAUUGGGUCCUCACAGCAGCCCACUGCUUUGACCUCAUUUUUAACAGCAGCUUGGUCUCCGUGAUGAUUGGGGCCACCCAGUUGACUCAGCCAGGCCCUGGAGCACAAUUCCGCCAAAUUAAGAAGUUAAUAUGUCAUGAAAACUAUCAGAGACAUGACAUGAGCAAUGAUAUUGCCUUGCUGGAACUGAGCAAGCCUGUUGACUGCAGCCCCUACAUCCAGCUGGCCUGUGUGGCUGAUGCUAUCUUAGGGUUGUCAGUGACACAGGAGCGUAACUGCUGGAUUGCUGGCUGGGGUGCCACUACUGUAAAAGAUAAAACUCCAAGUGAUCACCUGCAGGAGGCCAAGGUACAGCUCAUCAAUAUCCAGCUGUGUAACAGCACCUUCUGGAAUGCAGGGAAAAUCCACACGCACAACUUGUGUGCUGGAUACCCACAGGGCCGCAUCGACACCUGCCAGGGUGACAGCGGUGGUCCUCUCAUGUGCCAGGACAACAACGCUGACUCCUGGUGGGUUGUCGGAAUACCCAGCUGGGGAUAUGGCUGUGCCAGAGCAAAGCGGCCUGGAGUCUUCACCUCCACACAGCACUUCUAUGACUGGAUUCUGGCCCAGAUGGGGUGGCUCCAACGAGCCAAUGGUUGCCCUGUUUCNGAUGCCAAACCAGGGGCCUGGCCCUGGAUCGUCAGCCUUAAACAUCCUGCAAUACCAGGCACAAGACACCUGUGUGGAGGUUCUCUCAUCACUGCAGAGUGGGUUCUCACAGCAGCCCACUGCUUUGACCCCCCCUCUUUACAUGUACUUUCCAGGAAAAUUGGCGUGGUGUAUCUGGUGAUUGGCGCCACUCAGUUGACUAAGCCAGGACCUGGAGCGCAACUGAGACGGAUUAAGAAGUUAAUACGUCAUGAAAACUAUAAUCCAAGUGACAAAAGUAAUGACAUUGCCUUGCUGAAACUGAACAAGCCUGUUGACUGCAACCCCUACGUCCAGGUGGCCUGUGUGGCUGACCCCACCAUAAGAGUCUCAGAGCUGCAAAACUGCUGGGUGGCCGGCUGGGGUGCCACUGCUGCAAGAGGUGAGUCCCCAAGAGAGACUCCAGUUGAUGUCCUGCAAGAGGCCAAGGUCCAGCUCAUCGAUCUCCAGCUCUGCAACAGCACUGGCUGGUAUGCAGGGAAAGUCCACACCCACAAUGUGUGUGCUGGAUACCCAGAGGGCCGCAUCGACACCUGCCAGGGUGACAGCGGUGGUCCUCUCAUGUGCCAGGACAACAACGCUGACUCCUGGUGGGUUGUCGGAAUACCCAGCUGGGGAUAUGGCUGUGCCAGAGCAAAGCGGCCUGGAGUCUUCACCUCCACACAGCACUUCUAUGACUGGAUUCUGGCCCAGAUGGGGCUGAGUCCAUUUGGAAGUGCUUCCUGA